UAAAAAAACAAUCUUUUGCUGACUCUCCCAUCUUCCUCUCUUGAACCCUAGGUGCCGACUCUCCCAUCUUCCUCUCUUGAACCCUAGGUCGCCGUCUUUCUCUCUAGGUUGAAUCUGCCAUGGGUUAUAAGAAUAAUAAGAGAAAGCUCAAACAGAAGCAGCAGGAGAAGCAGGCUUCUCCUGAGCAGAAGGAGAAGCAUAAUCCUCCUCUUGAAAACGAGGAAGAUUUGAAGAAGAAGCGAGUAGCUGCUGAGCUGCGGGAGGUGAAGCUAACAGUUGGUCAGCAGCAACUUGCUGAGCUAGAGAAGAUGCUAGAAGCUACUAAGCUGGAGGAGAAGCUAGAAGCUGCUGAGCUUGCUGAGCUUGCUGCUGAGCUUGCCGAGCAGGAGAAGCAAGCAGCUGCUGAGCUUGCCGAGAAGGAGAAGCAAGCAGCUGCUGAGCUUGCCGAGAAGGAGAAGCAAGCAGCUGCUGAGCUUGCCGAGAAGGAGAAGCAAGCAGCUGCUGUGCUUGCCGAGAAGGAGAAGCAAGCAGCUGAAUCACGUCUUCCGCAGCAGGUCAUUACCUCUCAGAAAGAGGUGAGGGAUGCUUUUGCACUCCAGCAGAAGAUUGUUGCAGCGAUAAUCAACUCUCAAGCCGAGAUAGCAACGAAGGAGGAUCUAGAGUCUCUCCAGGAUGUCGUACGAGGAAGACUUGAGGCUCUUGGCAAAACCCUAGUAGCUGAUGUGGCAUCUGAGAUUCAGAAAGAGCUAAUCUCAUCUAGUAUGCAAUUGUCCCAAAAAGCAGAGAAGAUUAUAAGCUCAAAGGUGAAAGGAGCUUUGCAGAAACUUGAUACUGCUUUCAAGGAGAAGGUUGAGACUGAGUGUGCUAAAGUUGCUCCUGGCCCUAAAGAAAGAAUGGCUCUGCACUUAGUAGAGAGAGAAUAUGAAGAGUGCUUCUCUAUUGCUGUCGAGUCUGAUAAGGAUUCACUCGGAUGGCUAUUGACAAAGGUUGAUCCAGAAGGACUGCCAGGGUUUCAGUUGAGCAAGCCAACGCUUCGCCAUUUGUUGUCUCGUCUGAUACGUUUGGUCACUAAGAACAUGGGCUUGUACCGUAGUUGGUUCGAAGCUGUUGCUGAGUUCGUCGUGUCUACAGACCAUGAGAUCCCAGAUCGGCUGACACGUAUGGUAGGUGUGGCCCAAGCCUAUGUCUCGAAGAAUGCAUGAAUGCUAUUUCUGUUUCUGUUUUUUUCAGAUCAGAGGAUGAUCUUUUAGAGCAAACAUAGUUUUAUGGAGAACUUUUGUAACUGUUUGCCUUUUUGCUUGAUGACAACUCUUUUUUGGGCACUUAUUGUCUGUGAGGAAUCUUGAAAAUGUUUGUGAGACAUUUGCAAUGGUUCCUAUAGCUUGAACAAAGUUUAUUUUGUUUUGUGGAAUCA